AUGUCGGAAACAAUUAUUGAUGAAGUUCCAUCAUCGAAUGGUUUAAUAACAACAGAAACAAUUUCUUUAGUCAAAGAAUCCGGUGUCAAUAAUGAGGAUGAAGAAACAUGGUUAUAUGGAAAACAAAAAAAUGAAGAAAUUGUGGAUAAUACAAUGGCACCAUCAAUCGAUGAAGUAACAACACAAGAAAUGGAUAUGAGAGAAAAAGUAACAGUACCAUCAAUAGCAAAUCCAACUACAUCAUUAUUACUUGGAAGUCAGUUAGAUGAUGAUGACGAUGACGAUGAUGAUGGAAUUCAAGUAACUAUUGGUAAUAUUAAAUCAAAUGCAUCAAUUUUUCCACCAACACGACAAAAUAGUCGAACAACUAUCCCGACGGGACCAGUCAUUCCACCAAAACCACAAGCAACACGUGGUCUAGAUCUAGACGCUCAGGGUAUUAUUAAUGGACAACCAACAUAUGAACAUGAUUUAAUGAAUGCUUUUAAAGAUGAAGAAAAACCAUGGAAAAAACCAGGUGCGGAUAUAAGUGACUAUUUUAAUUAUGGUUUUACCGAAGAAACAUGGGCACAAUAUUGUGAUCGACAACGACGUUUACGCGCAGAAAAUAAUUUAGCUCGUCUUAAUGCUGCUCAUAUGCCACAAAUGCCACCAAUGCUACAAGGUCAUCCUCCAAUGAUGCACCCAAUAAAUCCUCAUCCAGCUAUGAUGAUGAAUAAACCACAACUUAAUAUGCCAAUUAUGCAAAGACCAUUUAUGAAUGUGCGAAAACCAGAUGGAAAAAUAGAUGUUAUCGGUGCAACUGAUCAAACAUCUCGUCGGCAAAUGUUUGAAGCACCAAAUGCUUUUGAACAUCCACCAUUUUUAAAUGGACCUCCGUUUUCUGGUGGUCAACCACCCAAUGGACAAACAGUUGGUGAUCUUGUUACUCCACCACCAACAUCGAAUGGACCUCCACCACAACAUGGAACACCACCAGGUGGUAGUCAUCCUAUACCAACACUUGGUGCACAUCGAAUGCCAAUGAUGCCUCCACCAGGUAUGCAAUUUCGACCACAAUUUGGUCAUCCUCAUGCACCUGGUGCACCUCCAUUUUUUCCACAUGGACCUCCUGGAGGUAUGCAUGGCGAAAGACCACCACAACCAUAUUUUAUACCUCACCAUCCACAACAACAACCCUGGGAGAAACCUAAUGUACCUCCAGUACAUGCUUUUCCACCAGGACAUUUUCCUCCUCAAGCACCAAUACCAGGUAAUAAUAAUGCUGGUAAUGGAAGACCAACUUCUAGUCGAAGUCCAACACCUGAAGAUCAUUCAUCACGUAGUUCAACACCAGAAGAGAAUCGUCCAAGUGGAAAUGGUGGUGAUGCUGACAAAUCAUCAAAAGAUGAUCGUUAUAAAGAAAGAUACAGAGAUGAACGUGAACAUUAUCCAUCAUCACGCCGUCGUUCCUCUCCUAAAGAUCGCUCGUCAUCAUCUUAUCGUUCACGUCAUCGUAGUGGCGAUCAUGAAUAUGAACGACCAAGAGGUGAUCGAAAAUCAUCACGUGAUCGAGAUGAUAAAUAUGAACGUUAUUCACGAAAACGACAUCAUCGAGAAGAGAGUGGACGUCAUCAUCGUGGUGAAGAAGAUUCAUCUCGUGGUCAUCGUUCAUCACGUCGUUCACCAAUAAAAAAUUUCUCUUCACCACCAAAAACACUUGUUACAAAUUCUUCAACAGAUUCUCCUCAAAUACAGAAUGAAAAUGUGGAAACAACUGAAAAUGAUCAAUCAUCAAAUACAAUAACAUCAACAACAAAUCCAAUUGUAUCAACAUCAUCAUCGUCACCAAAUAGUCGAUCACGUCGUGAUGAAUCAGAACGUUCAUCAUCACGUCAUGGUCAUCAUAAAAAAUCUUCAAAACGUUCACGACGUGAUAGUGGUGAUGAACGUAGUCAUCAUCGACAUUCAAAAGAUAAAUCAAGUAGUAGUAAAAAACAAAUAAAUCAAACAGAAACUUCAUCUGAUGUUAAAGAACAAAUAAAUGAAUAA